AUGCUGCGCAGCCCGCCGCGCCCCCGGCCCGGCCCGCCGCCCCCCAAGACCCCCUUCCACAUCGAAGCGCUCCUCGCCCGGGAGCCGCCGCGCCGCGGCCCCGCCGCCGCCGCCUCCGCCCCGCCGCUCCCGCCCUGGCCCGCGGCGGGACCGGGACCGGGUCUGGAGUUGUCUCAGUGUGUAGGGGCCAACUCGCUGGGCCCUGCUGGGCCUUGGAGAUCUGGGGGGCCCUGCAAGAUGAAGAGGGUCCGCACCGUCUUCAAACCAGAGCAGCUGGAGCGGCUGGAGCAAGAGUUCCUCAAGCAGCAGUACAUGGUGGGCACGGAGCGAGUAGACCUGGCUGCAACUCUGCAUCUCACAGAGACUCAGGUGAAAGUCUGGUUCCAGAACCGGAGGAUCAAAUGGAGGAAGCAGAGCAUGGAGCAGAAGGCGGCAAAGCUGUCACAGUUUGGGGUGAUACAGCCUGCCACCACAGACUCGACGGACAUCAAGGACCACGAGGAGGACACCGUGGACGUUGAGCUUUGAACAGCCGAUGAGAUUCAGCUGCCACUGUUGUUUUUUGAGCCGUGUCUGCUUGACGGAGAUACGGGGGAUGCAGGCACGUCUGCGCUUCUUCGGUCCAAGCGAGACAUUACGCUCUCGAUCCGAGAGUUGGAGCUACAGGACUAAACUGCAGCUGGCUGGGAGGAAACCCCCCCCAAAUAUUGUUUGGCUGCUGUUUGGUAGCCAUGUGCCGUAAUUCCUAGGGCUUUAUCACCAAGCCGGUUGUACUUGGUGGUGCCAUAGCUGUGGCAAGGCAUGUGUUCUCCUGUUUGCUCUUGAAGCACCAGGACGCACAACCAGUUUCCAGCGGAGAGGCUGGGGUGACAAUCAGACGGUGUCUCUGACGGCUGUGAGCAUAAGGGCAUUUGAGCACGGGGUCACUUGCGCUGCGUGUGGCUGUGUGCUCCUAGGAGGGAGACCUGUGUUGGGAGGACAGUCGACCCCGAUUGUUUUUCCUGGUCAACUUGACUCCCGUGUUUGAUGCUUAGAUCACAACAACAACAAAAGUUAAAAUUGGAACGCCCUUUGCUCCCACCCGCAGACUAUCUUUACUCUUGCAAUAAGACGAACAGGGUCUGAUCCUGCCCCCUGGAACACAAGUGCCUCCUCUUGUCCCAUGCCCUGGUGUAUUUGUGCCUUUGUUUUGGCUUCCCAAACCCGGAGGGCAGAACCCGGUGGGGCUCUUUGUCUUCUGGCAUUGCCUUACUUCGCCAAGGUGUGCGUAUGCCGCUGCAGCAGGGAAUGAGGCACUCGGGCUGGCCCGAGGAUCAGGGCUGUUAUAAAAAGGCAGCUUUCCAACACCUCUGGUGCUUCAGACGACCCCCUGCCCCUCGUCCAGAUGUGCCGAUUCUGGCCCAGACGGCAGUUGCUCUGUUCUCUCCUCAUUAUACAUCCAAGUGCCAUGGGAAACGGCACCUGGAGUGUUCGGCGAGCCCAUCUGUAACCACCCGAUGCAGUUAGCAGUUGUAUUUUUGGUGGCUGGGAGGGCUUUGAGGGGUCAGGACUAAGCACUCGACCUUCCCCGUCUGUGUGUUAGCAGCUAAGUGCUCUUAGGCCAGGCUGUCAGCGCUCGGGCCGUCACCUCACCUUCCUAGGUCUGCCCAGGGUACCAGGCACCACGUCCCGUCAGCUCAGGAUAAUUUAUUGCAUCUCCUUCUAUCACUUUACUCUUAUAUUGUUAUUUAUAGAAACAACUUUUUUUUUUCCUUAAUAAGUGUCACUUAUUUAUUUGCUUUGCUUCUUAAUAAAAAUCUAGUGUAUUUUAAAAAGAGAUGGGACUGGCUGGGGGGAGGCAGGGUUGGGCAGCUCCUUCGUUUCUGAGCAGGCAGCGAUGCCUCAGUGGCUUCUUGCCCCAUAGCUGCCAGGGAUGGGUUAUCCAUCCUUUUUGCUGUGUACAGUUUUAUCUGUGUUUCUGAGGAAAUGGAGUUAAAAAAAAAAAAAGAGAAAACAGAAGAAAUGCACCUUUUCCUCCUCCUCCUAAGACCCCUGUUGUCAAAAAGUAACAUCUGCUUUCCAACAGAAGUCACAAAAGCGUGAUUUCUUCUUGAAAGGGUGAUUUCUUCUCACACGUUUUCAUUCCCGACAUGCCAAUACAAAUAUGAAAGCAGUUUUUUUUUUCCCCCGCACCUGUGUGUUUGCUGGUAAACCUGUGCACUCAUCUCAAGCUUGAACAUUUGGAAUGGAGCAAGAACAGCUUUUAAACAGAU